CUUCCGCCUUCACUGUGGUCCAAUCAGGACCCGGGGCUCUGAGCUGCACGAAGUGUGCUCCUUCCUCCCCCCAUUCUAGGGUUCGGCUGUUGCCAUGGCAGCGGCGGCGGGGACUUGGGCCUUCUCCUUCCCCGCCUUGCAGAGGAUGAGGGAGCGGCUGCUUCAAAAGGCCUCAGCGACGGACGCCCUCCAGGAGGCCAUGGCAGGUGAACACGGCGAUAUUGAGAAUGAUGAAGCCACAGGGACCUUUGUAAUAGGACGAGGGGGCUAUCCUAACAAAGAUGGUAUAAUCCAGUGUGAUGCAGCAAUAAUGGAAGGACAGCCUGGGCGUUUUGGAGCUGUAGCAGCUUUGCAUGGUAUUGGAACUCCUCUUGCAGUAGCACGAAAAGUCAUGGAUGAGGCUCCUCACAACUUUCUAGUUGGAGAUGGCGCUGUGGCUUUUGCAAAAGACCAAGGCUUUGCUGUGGAAGAUAACGCAAGUAUGAUGAGCACUCAGAGUACUGAAGCUUACAAGGAAUAUUUAGAGAAGGGAAAAACUGUGAAAAAACGUGAUACAUUAGGUUUGAUUGCCUUGGAUGUCUAUGGAAACAUAACAGUUGGGGUUUCUACUUCUGGGGCACCUUUCAAAUAUCCGGGAAGAGUGGGAGAUUCCCCAUUGCCAGGCUGUGGGCUCUAUGCAGAUAAAGAGAUAGGAGCUGCAGCAGCUACUGGUGAUGGAGACAUGAUCAUGUGCUUCAGUCCCACUUUUCAUGUAGUCCUAUUAAUGAAACAGGGCCUGUCUCCUAUGGAUGCAUGCCAGAAUGUUGUCCAGGAUAUCCUCCAGCGAAUAGGAAAGGAAAAUAUGUUUGAACUUGGAAUAAUUGCAAUGAAUAUGAAGGGAGAAGUUGGAGCUGCUUCAUCAAUGUCAUUUCCAUACUGCAUCUGGUCUCGGGGAAAGGAUUUUGUAGAACAAUUGCUAAAACAAUAAUAGCUUGACAGUAUCAAAGGAUCUUUGUGAUCACCUUUGGAGCCAUUUCCAUGAUACUUUUUCUUAUAUAAAGGGAGGAAUAUUCACAAGUGUUCCUCAGGUUUGCAUCCAGUUACAUAGUUGUAUAAGAGCUUCAGCCUCAGCAGAGAUAAGAUUAUUUUUUCCAAGGCCAAAUUAGAACAUAAGCAUGAAAGUAUGUAACUUUAUCUUUCCCAUAUUUUUAAUAGCAGCAGGGUGUGUGGCAGGAUUAUAACCACAGUUCAAUAGGAGAAGUAUUUUAACUUUGUUUUGCCCAUUUUUGUGGUCCUGAUGAAAAUCUUUCACUUUCACAGCCUAUUUACUUUUUUUUCUGAGACAGAUUAAUGCCAUUCAUGCCAAGAUUUCCUCUUCCGGGCUGAAUUGCAGUUUCAGAUUUGAUGUCACUACAGGAAAUUAGAACUUGACUUGGUAAUAAGAGCGGGGAGUUGAUGGAGAUAUACAGUUAGCCCUCCACACUGGCUGGUUUUAAGUUCACAUUCAAGAGUUUGUACAGCAACACACACCUCCUGAAGUUGGGUCUGCCAUAUGUAUGGUAGCUCCAUCCUUAGGACAUAACAUUGCACCUGGCUCCCAAGGAUGGGGCUGCUGUGUAAACAUUCACAUGGCGGUUCCAUCCUUUGGAGGUCAGGGUGGAGGAGGGUUUCUCCACCCUUUGCUGUUGGGUUCCAAAACAGGAAACAUUCCCUAGGCAUCCCAUCCUCUGGAGAGGGGCAGGAAGCAAGAGAUCCUCCCCAUGUUGGCUCCCAAGGCAGCCCAUCCUCAGAUGAGUGGUAGUGGACAAGUCAUCACCCCUUCCACUACCACCUCCUGAUGAUAGAGAUGCCCAAGGAACAUUCCCAAAGUAGUCCUGUCCAUGGGAAGUGAACAACCAAUCAACAUCCACACCCCUGUCCCCCAAGGACAGGGGUGCCCAGGAAACAUUCCUACAUUGAACUUCCUCUCUCUGCACUGGUUUGCACGUGGCUUUCUCUGUACAUCAGUUGCUUUUGAACCCUUUUGUUUUGGGAGUAACUUUCCUUGACCAAGAUAGUAAAAUAGAUUUCUUUUAUUAUAAUAGGAAAUGGGCUGAAUUAAAACUCAGGUCACAGUGUAGAUUUAGCACUACUUCUCAUCCCUUCAUCAUCCCUCCACCCCUUUCCUUGCACCUAGAUUUUUUAUUUGGUUUUUUGAUUCAGUCAAGGCUCCCAGCAAGUAUACAACCCUCAAAUUUUCCAUCCAAACUUUCUAUCAUAAAGCUUUGGAAAGUGUAAAAACGUUAGUGAGACUUUCAAGGACUUCCACAGUUUCCCAAUACAGAAAGACCCCGAGGCAAGAACUGAAAUCUUCUGCAUUCCAAAUGUCUUCUUUAUAUCCUUCCUCUUGAAUAUAUAAAUGUUAAUGCUUAAAGUCCCCCCUUUCAAGUUUUUGACUAUCUUUCGACUUUGUGUCACAGUAGCUUGAACCUUACUUAGGCCUCAGGUUUUAGUUUUCUUCAUGUCAGGAGCAACUUGAGAAACUGCAAGUCGCUUCUGGUUUGAGAGAAUUGGCCCUCUGCAAGGACGUUGCCUAGGGGACGCCCGGAUGUUUGAUGUUUUACCAUCCUAUGGGAGGCUUCUCUCAUGUCCCCACAUGGGUAGCUAGAGCUGACAGAGGGAGCUCACCCGCUCUCCCUGGAUUCAAACUGCUGACCUGUCAGUUAGCAGUCCUGCCGGCACAAGGCUUUACCAUUGCACCACCAGGGGUUCUGGCCUCAGAUAUCACCUCCCCAGCUCUUUGUCCCAUAGAUGUUACUUUAUUUAGCAGCUUUAGCUUUCCCCAGAUGUUUAAUGAUCGCCUAAGUAAGUACAAUUGAGUUAUGCUAAUAAACAUGUUCUGUUAAAAUAUUACUUAUCUUGAAGCAACCAGGGUGGCUUUUUUAUAAGAAAUAAUUCUUUAUCUAAGCAUCAGCUUGUGGUUAAUGUUCAACAUCUCUUUGAUAGAAAUGUAAUAUACAACCUCUCAUGGGACAUCUUAUCUCUGAGCUUAAGAGGAAUUCUUACAUAUAUCAGUCAAGUUACACAUGUAUAUUUCUGUAUCAGAAACCAUGUGUAACAAUAUCCGUUUUUAAAAUACUGGUAUUAUUGAAUUCAGUCACUCCUGGAUACAUAAAUAUGAAAACUUUAUGGCUGAUGAUAUUUCUGUGAUAACUAUACCGCUUAGUAAUGAUGUUAUAGUCCAUGCUGAGUUGCUGACUUCACAUGAGUUGUGCAAACUUGGGCAUAUUUUGACCCUGACAGUCACUGCAAUAGUAGGCAAAGCUUAUAGAAAUCAUGCCUUAUUAAAGUAAUCAUGGUCUUAGUAGCAUUUGUAGGGCAAAGGUAACUGUCAUAUAUUUUCUUUUUUAAUCAUUUCUGUAUGUGAAACAGGUAAUAAUUGCUAUUACUGUUGUGUAAGAUGUAUAUUUUGCACAGAAAUGCUCUCUCGAAAUAUGCACUACAAUAAACAAGAUAUACAAAACAAA